UAUAAAAGUAGCAGGGACUGAUACAAUCGGAUAAUCAUAAUCAAUUAUCAUUGUUGCUAUUUUGUUGUCGAAGAAUAAUAAUUCUGAAUCUGAAACUAUUAUUGACACGCUCAUGUUCCAGACUUCUAGAGAUACAAACUUCAGAGUGCGUGAAACUUAUCAACACACACAGUGUAUUAGCAUCUUGACAAUUUCUAAUUAUUGAUACCAAUUUGAAGAGAUUUAUAGUUCGAAGUGUGGAGACUUACACCGUUUACACUGUGCUUUUCAAUAUAUCCAGCUUGAAAAUCUCUAAUAUUAUUCACCUACUCUUGUAAUAUCGUGAACACAUUUUGUUGUCGAAAAAUAGGCCUAAUAAUCGUGAAUCUGAAACUAUUAUUGAAACGCUCAUGUUCCAGACUUCUAGAGAUACAAACUUCAGAAACUUAUUCUGAAACUUAUUAAACUUAUUAACACACAGUGUAUUGACAUCUUGACAAUUUCUAAUUAUUUGUACCAAUUUAUAGAGAUUUAUAGUUUAAAGUGUGGAGACUUACACCGUUUACACAGUGCUUUGCAAUAUAUCCCGCUUGAAAAUUUCUAAUAUUAUUCACCUACUCUUGUAAUACCGUGAACACAGGAUAUUGCCAGCUCGAGCACUUCCAAUAUCAUCUACCUAAACUUUCAAUAUCGUGUACACAACUUGUGUUGCCAACUUUAUCUACCCAAACUUUUAAUAUCGUAUACACAACUUGUGUUGCCAACUUAACAAUUUCUAAAGCUAUCUAAGAAAACUUACAAACACAAUGUCAGUCGGCACAUCUGUCAAAAGAUCUGCAUCGGAACAGAACACAUUUUUCUCAGUGCUACUUAUAUCGCUGAUGAUUUUCGUCUUCUUCAAAUUCUGCCUGGGAUCUCCCCUACCCAAGAAGGCACUGCAAGAGAUCUCAGGAGACGCAAUGCUCUCACCUUCCAGGAGUUCUAAUACUGGUAGAGGACUGAAAUGCCCCACAGGCUUCAUCUACACUUCGAAUAAGAUAUCUUGCAAACCGUAUAUUGGACCAGAUAGAAAGUUCUCAGAUAAUUUACUGCCUCACCAACAGGCGGGGAAUCUCAAUCUCUAAAACCAGGCGUACAAACAAAAACUGUUUUCAACUAAAACUUGAUUCGUAAGCUCCAACAAGGAUGUGAUAGAAGAUAUAGAUUCAUGGAGAAAGCAUACAAAAUUUAUUCCUGUAUUUUUAAAAUGUAUGAAUUCAGGGCUACUUUCUUGUAUUUAUAAAAUAUAAUGUACCCUUUAAAAUUAAUAAAAUAAUAAAACAA